AUGGUUACUAAAUAUAAAGAAUAUACUGUAAAGGAGUUAAAGAAAGCUUUGCAAAAUUUAAAAUCCAACAAAGGUAACCUUAGUAAAAUUAAAUACGUCUCCCGCACAUUGCGUGAUAAGCUUCGUAUUAACAACAAUGAUGGGCUAACCUCUGACAGCAAUGAGUCAUUCAAUCAUGACAAUUUUAUCGUACGGAACUUUGGGGGUUAUAUUAAAAACGUUAUCAAUAAGAAGGACUCAAUAUUACCAUCAUUUAACGUGAUAGAUUGCUCCACCUAUUUUUCAAAAUCUCUGGCUAAAAAUAAUCCUAGUAGACUGUUUAACAUUCCCAGCUGGAUUCCAAAGUUAUCUGAUCCCGAAGUUCAAUUUAACUUUGACCCCCCGACUUACCAACAAAUUACUGAUGUGAUACGUAAAAUGAAAUCGUCUGGCUCCCCUUGCCCCCUUGAUCAGCUUUCGAUAAUAUGUUUUAAGCGAUGUCCUUAUCUGAGAACUUGCCUAAGUGAACUAAUUCAAGAAAUUUGGCUAUCUGGAAUUGUCCCGAAUGAAUGGAAAAAAGCCUGUACUAUAUUAAUACAUAAGAAAGGCAACACUGAUGAUCCGUCAAAUUUCCGUCUCAUAACACUUGAGUCCAUACCAUUAAAAGUAUUUACAUCUUGUCUUCGAAACGCAAUAUAUUCCUUCCUCGCAUCCAAUAACUUUAUCGAACACGGCAUACAAAAGGGCUUCACCCCUAAUCUAUCUGGCACUCUAGAACACACUGCGGAAAUGGCUGACAUCAUUAACAAAGCCCGCAUCAGACAACGCUCUGUUGUCAUCACCCUACUUGAUCGGAAGAAUGCUUUCGGCGAAGUCCACCACAAUCUCAUCCAAUCAGUACUCGACUACGACCACAUCCCAGAACACAUAAAAUUCGUUAUAAAAAGUUUAUAUAGUCAUAUAAUAAUCUAUAUAUAG